UAGAUGGAAUCUUCCAGAAUGGCCUUUCUUGGCUGGGUGCUUGCUUUCCUUUCUGGCCCAUCAACUGGUUACCCAAAUGGAAAAGUGAAGGAAGCCUGCAGUAGUAUGAUGCCUCUCCACGGACACGUGCCUCAGAAAUUUCCAAAGCACACAGCUGAAGUAAAUGUGACACAGUUUAAACCGGGUGAACAUGUGAAAGUGACCUUGUCUGGGCCUACGUUUGAAGGCUUUUUCCUACAAGCCCGAGAUGCUGAGAAUUUGGAGGGGGCUGCCAUUGGCUCUUUUGUACUGGCUGACAAGAAAAGAUCACAGCUUCUUACCUGUGGGCAUGUAAAGAACUCAGCUGUCAGCCACACAAGUAAAUCUAAGAAAACCCAAGUGGAUGUCUAUUGGAUUGCUCCACAAAACUCACCAAAAAGAAUACAAUUUCU